AAUACACGUUUGUAUAUUUAGAUCCUUACAGGUGCAAAGGACAGCGAUUAUCAUACAACUGGGGGAGAGAGGCAAAGGAAAUGCUUUUCGUUUUAGAUUGGGCCCCUAAACAGAAACUGCAACUUUAGUAUGAAGAAGGGAAGAGGAAGAACAAGCCGGAUCAGAAGACGGAAACUCUCCAGAAGUUCUGAAUCAAGAGGAGGAGCCUUCAGGGAUGCUCAUUCCUUUAUUCACGACGUCGGAACUCCUGAUAUCAGCUCCCUGUUGAAUGAAAGCUGCAAGCCUGAAUUUAUAGAGCUUAAGAAGUGGCUGAAAGAUAGGAAGUUCGAAGAUCCAAACUUAAUACCUGCCAGAUUUCCAGGUACAGGAAGAGGGCUGAUGAGCAAAACAUCCCUGCGGGAGGGACAGGUGAUUAUUUCGUUGCCUGCGAGUUGCCUGCUCACCACGGACACAGUGAUUAGGAGCUACUUAGGGGCGUACAUUGCUAAGUGGCAACCUCCUCCGUCUCCCCUGCUGGCUCUGUGCACCUUUUUAGUGGCAGAAAAACAUGCUGGGACUCGUUCUCCCUGGAAGCCUUACCUGGAUAUUUUACCGAAGGCCUACGCCCUCCCUGUUUGUUUGGAGCCAAAAGUGGUGAAUCUUUUUCCCAGACCUUUGAAAGCAAAGGCCAGAGAGCAGAGAACCCGCGUGCAGGAGCUCUUCACUUCCUCCAGAGACUUUUUCUCUUCCCUGCAGCCUCUGUUUUCUGAGGCGGUGGAGAGCAUCUUUAGCUACAGCGCCCUCCUGUGGGCUUGGUGCACGGUCAACACCAGGUCCGUGUACAUGAAGCUCAGGAGAAGGCAAUGCUUUUCCGCAGAGCCAGACACCUGUGCACUCGCCCCGUACCUGGAUCUGCUGAAUCACAGCCCAAAUGUCCAGGUGAAAGCAGCAUUUAAUGAGGAAACUCGCUGUUAUGAAAUUAGAGCGGCUUCAAGUUGCAGACGGCACGAGGAGGUGUUCAUCUGCUACGGCCCCCACGAUAACCAGCGGCUGCUCCUGGAGUACGGAUUCGUCUCCACCCGUAACCCUCAUGCGUGCGUUUAUGUCUCAGAAGGAAAUUUUGAUGAAAAAAUGGAGAGUUAGGGUUUCUGUAGGUGUGAGAUACCUCCUGACUCAAACCACUUGACAGGUAGGUAUUUACUGAGCACUUCCUAUGUGUAGUAAACUGUGCUCAAUGUUGUGGGCCACGCAAGGAGUGUAAGACUUUGUUGGGGACAUAAGAUACCAGCUUGAAAUCCUAAAUCAAUAUACCAAAGGAAAGCUCUGAGUGUCUUGACUGGUGGUCCAGUGUGUUUGUCUCUGACACUGGGCUCCUGGGGGCCAGGCUGGCCUCAGUCCCCCAACAACAUGGUGUGGGCUCUUGGGAUGGGGCGGCCAUGUGAUUCCAGCCAAGUGGGAUAAACAGAGUUCAAGGCUCUCCCUUUCAAAUUUUCUUCUGUAGAUAAAAUGAAGCUUUAACCAAUCCAGCCUCAGAAUGAGGGCGGUCUAGCUGUAAUGGUUGCCAUUUGUUUGAUCCCAAGGAUAACCAGGUUCUUCAUCCUUUAUCUCACCAUGACCUGUGGGCCUGUGGCCCAUGCGUCCCGCUGUGGCCUCAUCCAAGUUCGGCUUCUUAGCCAAAAUAAAUUGGAAAAUCCUUUUUUUUUUCCUAAAGAAUUUUCUAUUAUUCAGGCUUUAUUCUUAAGUAUUGGCAGACUUAUUUUUUUCUUUUGUCUUUGUGACCACAAUCAUAGGCUACAUAAUAUUUAGUGGCCCCUUUAAAGAAAGUUUGCACUCCUUAGCCAUUUGCCAUGGUGUCACGAAGUACCGAAAUGACGGAUUUGUCCUUGUUUUUCUUACUUUAGAAACUUGACGUUUGGAUGGGAUGGACCAUCUUGGAGGUUACUCACAGCUCUUAAGUUGUUAUGUCUGCAAGCUGAAGAAUAAACUCAUCUAUUCCUGAGGUUUCCGCUGUCAUCCCUAAAGCUGAAGACAGCUGAGACUUUAUUUCCUUUGUGGCUAGUCAGCUGUGCUGAGUUUCUGAGCGCCUUCUGUGUACUUCCACUCGGAUGCUGCUUCCAGAUUCUCCACGUCCAGAAUUGGUACCUCCACCCCCUUUCUCCGUGGUUAGGGCUUCUUCCUGGCCUAGAGUUGGCUCUGCUACCCUCGGGCUCGGCACCCUGCUGUGGCUUCCUCUGGCCUACCUUGAGACCCCACCCCCUGCCUGCAGAGCUGGCCCCACCCGCCCACCGACCACAUGGCCUCUGAGCCUCUGCGGUUGAAAACAGGGAUGAGCUGCAUGCAGAGAAGGGCUUCACUUAGAUUCCUCCUUCGACAGCUUCCUUUGUGAAAUGUGUUCCAUCCAGUUUGCCAUGUUUUAGAAAACGCUGUCACUCAAAGAGAGGACCCUUUGCUGCCUUUUGCUCCUUAGUCCUUUCGGCUGUGGGCUCACUGUCCUGUUCUGUCUCCUGCUGUGUUCCCGUGGCUGGUGGAGAGGGCCACUUACUAUGUGCCAGACACAGGAUUGUGUGAUAAUAAAAGGGUGCCAGUCCCCUCUCUUCUUCUUGGCAACUGCACGUGGUGGGAGGUUAGGGCAUCUGCGUGUGGAACGUGUUUUAUGCUUCUGGAAAAGUAGGAGAGGAGUUUGUGUGUUGUGUUGGGUGGAGAAGCCUUCUUUGCUUUUUGCAAGCCUGCUGAAAUGACCUCAUUGAACAUUUUGGUUCUAGUACGUGCUGGAAAAAAGUACUUCUUGGGGAAAUAAUUUCAGAUGCAAAUGAGAAGACAAGUUUGGACAUAGCCCAGAAAAUAUGCCAUUAUUUCA